CUCAAACAUGGAAAUCUGCCAAAAAGAUUGCAUUUCUGCAAUGACGGGAAAAGGCCCGGCGUACCAAGGUUUGUUAAAUGACAUACGGAAUAUCAAUGCAAGGUAUAUGAAAGUGAUAAUACAUCAAAAUGUAGAAAUACUUAUUUCUGCCUUUGUUUUCUAGAUUCUUGGGCUGUUUAAAAUCCGUUCCGGGAAGCAAUAAUUCAAGACCAAAUUCUCGCUGAAAAGAUUUUCCGACGUGGUGGUGACAUCAGUUCAGGCGAACUUCCCCACCAGACAUUCCCCGCAACCAUAUAGAGAGAACUGGCGAAUCUCGACAGAAACCUCGACCUUCUAGAACUUGAGCUUCACUUGCCUCAAUACCUUAACCAUGUCUUCUAUACAAACAUGGACAGUCACCGAGCCAUACAUCAACCCGCACUGCGGUCUCGGCGAAGCACCUUUCUAUGAGUCCUCCACCAACACACUCCGCUUUGUGGAUAUCAAAAAGAAGUGCUUCCACACAAUAGAUCUGAAUGUUGGCCCGUCAUCUCUUACCACCAUACAGCUAGAUAUUCCCAUCGGCGUUACAGCCGAUAUCGAGGGUGUAGAUUGCACCGAUAAGAUAUUGGUGGGUGGCAAAAGCGGGAUUUACGUGAUGAGGAGAAGUGAUGGGGAGUUGAAGCUGCUGAAGAGAUUUUAUGAUAGUGAAGAAAAUGAUGAGAGGUUGAGAAGUAAUGAUGGGGCGGUGGAUCCAAAAGGGAGGUUCUGGAUUGGGACCAUGAAUGACUUUUGGGUGGGGGAGCCACAAAGUGAGGGUGGGUGAUAUUUUGAUUUCUCAUUGGAUAUAGAGGAGGAGCUCGAGUCAUUGAUAUUUAACGGAGCCAAUGAUCAAGCAUAUCUUCUUGGGCUCCAACAUCCUCGGUUGAUGACCAUGUGGUGUGCCCCGCACUUGAUGUUCAGGCUUCAUUUCUUGCGUUUGCUUAGCACUAAGUAUGAUUGUUAUAGGUACAAUGUUCCGCUUCGAUAAUGACCUCACACGCCACACAAUCCGUGAGGGUCUCACAAUUCCUAAUGGAAUAGGUUGGUCCGCUGAUCAAAAAACUCUUUACUUCACCCACACAACGGAAUCAACAAUCUGGGCGUAUGACUAUGACGCAUCAACCGGGGAUGUAAGCAACCAGCGAGCUUUUUGGAAACUUGAUACUGAUGGUGAGCCCGAUGGAUUUGUAUUUGAUUCGGAAGGGAAUAUAUGGCAAUGUAUAUACGGAGAAGGGCGUGUGUUGAGAAUCAACACGGAAGGCCAAGUCAUCGGCGAGAUUAAGUUUCCGACGAAGUGUAUUACAUGUCCAGUAUUUGUGGGCACCGAGUUGUGGGUUACGAGUGCGAUUGCUGGAGGCGAUGAAUAUGCUGGAGCGUUGUUUAAGGUCGAUGUAGGAAUAGGCGGCAUAAGAGACUUCAAGUUUAAGUUAGCGAAAGGAAGCGCUGAAUUGUGAUGCUUUGUAUGACGAAGGAAAGUCUUGGUAUCCCAUACAUGGUUAUAGCAACUAUGUAGAUGCGAGAGAGGCAAGCACAAUUUCUACUUAGCAGCUCUAAGGCCAUUUGCCAGUUGCUACAGAUAUUUAUCUCAGAUGCAGAAUAUGCUAUGAUAUACAAAUCCUACGAGGCCAUCGACAGUGUGAAUGA